CGUAGCUGGUCGUCCUCUGUCAUUUUAUAUCUCUAGAGCUAGACCUAUCGUCGAUCCGCGAUGCGUUCCCCUCUCAAGCUAGCCCCGACGGGCUCCAAACUCCCCCUCCUCAUGUCGCUCUCGAAACUCGUCUCCGCAUCCCCGGUCAUCCUCAACCAGGUCAUCCAUACCACGACGACCAAGGAUCAUAAGGGAGGCGUCAUCGAGCCUGAGGAUCCCCCCGACUCCGCUACGUUUUGGUUAAAGUUGGGGGUCUCGGCUGCGCUCGUCUUGCUCGGAGGAGUCUUUGCAGGUCUCACUCUGGCUCUAAUGGGAUCAGACGACAUGCAUCUCCGAGUCCUCGCCCAAUCAUCCUCGGACCCGUCCGAAAAGAAGCACGCCUCGAAAGUCCUCAAGCUGCUCCAACGUGGGAGACAUUGGGUCCUGGUCGUCUUGUUGUUGGGCAACGUCAUCGUGAACGAAUCGCUCCCGAUCUUCCUGGACAGCGUCCUCGGAGGAGGUAUCGCCGCCGUUCUCGUCUCCACCACCAUGAUCGUCAUCUUCGGAGAAAUCAUCCCUCAGAGUAUCUGCGUGCGGUAUGGUCUUCAGAUCGGUGGAGCCUGUGCUCCUUUCGUGCUCGCCUUGAUGUACCUCAUGGCCCCGGUGGCUUGGCCAAUCGCCAAGCUGCUCGAUUGGGCUUUGGGAGCUGACGAGGGCCACACCUUCCGAAAGGCCGAAUUAAAGACCUUCUUGCAGUUCCACCGGGAAGGUACCGAACCUUUGAGGGAUGACGAGAUUACCAUUCUGAACGGGGUCUUGUCGUUGAACGAGAAGAAGGCUUCCCAGAUCAUGACGCCCAUCAAGGACGUCAUGACCCUCGCUACGGACCGAGUACUGGACCACAACCUGUUGGACCACAUCUUGUUGAGCGGAUUUAGCCGAAUCCCUGUUCACCAGCCCGGUCAGAAGGAUAACUUUGUCGGUAUGCUUCUUGUCAAGAAGUUGAUCAGUUACAAUCCCGAGCAGUGCCAAAAGGUCGGCGAAUUUCAACUUUUAUCCCUCCCGGAAGCUAGGCCCGAUAUCAACUGUUUCCAGGCUUUGGACUACUUCCAGACUGGUCGAGCGCAUUUACUUUUGAUCACCGAGAACCCCGGUGCCGCUCGAGGAGCGCUCGGAAUUGUCAGCUUGGAGGAUCUGGUUGAAGAGAUUAUCGGAGAGGAGAUCAUCGAUGAAACCGAUCGAUACCAGGAUAACCAGUCCAAGAAGGCCGCGAAGAGGCAGGGUACCGCUGCUGUUAUGCGCGGUAUCAUUGAGCGUCACAAAAACACCGUUCACAUCGUCUCUCGUACCCAGUCGCCGACUCCCAUAGAAGGCCGGCUCAUCGAAAUUGAUGGCGAGGAAUAUACUGUUACACAGGAAACCCCAGGAGUUGGGGCUGAGCAGGAUUGUUUCAUCGUCGCGCCCCAAACGAACGGAGACUCGGACGGGAAGUAAGAUUUCACGCGCAAGGCGGGACCGGGCGUUCAUGGACCGUAUUAUGGAUGCCGACCUUGCUUUGGCUGACACCGAUACCGGGUCGUUCACGCGCAUCUCUUCACUGGCAGACCUUAGGAAAGCAUACUACGCAUUGCUCUAUCAACCUCCAUACCUCGACAUAUCGUCCCAAAAAGUAGCACCUCCCGUAAUAUACCACAACCACCAAGCUAUGUCCGGUUAUGCAUUUAUUUAGCCAAUCAUAAUAUACACAAUCAUUCUGCGGUAC